AUGGAUUAUCAUGACAACACAACGCUCUCGCGACUCGCAUGCCCGGCUCAUAUUGGAAGACGGUACGACCAUCUUCGGGAGGACCCCAGCUACGGUGCCAGUUCGAGAAUCAAAUACUUCUUUGCCUUGGAUCUGUACCAAUCAGCGGCCAUCCUUCCCCGAUUGAUGGGAAGUAUAGUCGAAGUAAUUCGAUUCCUGGGGCCAGAACGCUGCGCCGUGUCAGUGAUUGAGGGCCGCUCCGAGGAUGGAACAUAUGAGAUUCUAGCCGCCUUGAAGAAAGAGGUCGAAUCGUUAGGCUCACGGUUUUACCUCGACAGGAGUUCCAUCAAUCCCAAGAGCGACGGCGUGAAUCGAAUAGCAGCAUUGGCAGAACUGCGAAAUAUGGCACUAGCACCUUUGACCCCAGCCCAUCGGGAUUCCGGUCUAUACUUACCAGACGCGAUCAUCAUCUUCGUGAAUGACAUUUCGCUCUGUGCGGAGGAUAUCCUGGAACUAGUACAUCAGCAUGUCACACAGUCGGCGCAUAUGACCUGUGCCUUCGACUGGCUCUACGCCGGCACCCUAUUCUACGAUGUAUGGGUAUCCCGCACCCUCGUUGGCAACCUCUUCUUUGAAAUCCCUCAAGACGGAUCGUGGGACUACCGGGAUACGCUUUUCUUCGACGACCCAGACAGUAAGCGGCGAUACGACGCCUUCCAACCGGUGCAGGUGUAUGCGUGUUGGGGCGGGAUGAUCACCAUCGACGCCGGUCCGUUCGCCACAGGAUCCUUGAAGUUCCGGGCCUCAGACGAAGACGAGUGCUACAUGGGGGAACCAACAUUGCUCGCCAAAGACUUAUGGCGACAAGGUUUAGGCAAGAUUAUGGCCGUGCCCGCGGUGAACGUUGCGUAUUCAGACGAGGAGGCCACCGGCACGAAAACUAAUCGUGGAUAUGUUGGUGAUCGCGUUGAUCUCAUGUCUAUUGAUCAGGAAGAGCGGUAUAAAUGGCAAGAUGAACCACCGGGCUUGGUGAAGUGUCUGCCAAGUUUCAAUCGGCCGUCAUGGGUUAAACCUGUCUGA